UGUGAUAUCGCGCGUUGUUUAUUCUUGUUAUAAAUUUUAUACUUUUAUAAACCUAAUCUUCGGUAUUAAAUUAAUCUACUGUAGAAUGUACGUACUUUUCUCCGUUAUAAGUAUUUUUGCUUUAGUUGUCUUUCAGCGUGAAUAUUAAAUAGGUAGGAAGAAGAUGGAAGAAACAGAGGAGACUAUCCCAAUUUGGAAAGUAUGGAAAAGAAGGAGGUACAUAAUUUCCUUGCUUGGUUUCCUAGGAUUUUUGAACAUUUAUACCAUGAGGGUAACUCUGAGUAUUGCUAUUGUUGCAAUGACUGAAAAUAAAACAGUCACAUUGGAAAAUGGAACAAUUACCCAUGUGCAAGAAUUUUCAUGGAAUAACAGGCAGACUGGUUUACUUUUGAGUUCAUUUUUCUAUGGGUAUAUUACCACACAAAUUUUGGGCGGUUUUCUUGCGGAAAGGUUUGGAGGAAGGAAAUUUUAUGGCCUGGGAAUUCUUUGUACCGCAAUACUUACGCUGUUAUCCCCAAUUUGUGCAAAACAAGGAUUCACAGCCUUGCUAAUUGUUCGAAUAGUAGAAGGAGUCCUUGAAGGGGUGACAUACCCUUCUAUGUUAGCUGUGUGGGCCAGAUGGGCACCUCCACUCGAAAGAAGUCGUUUAGCCAACUUUGCUAUAUCAGGUGCCUAUAUGGGCACAGUAAUUGGAAUGACGAUUGGUGGGGUCUUAACGGACUAUUUUGGAUGGGAAAGUGUAUUUUACGUGUUUGGAACCGUAGCCAUUGUAUGGUUUUUAUGUUGGUGGUUUAUAGUCGCUGAAUCGCCUAGUCUGGAUCCCCAUAUUAGUAAAAGAGAACUGGACUACAUUUUGGGUUCAUUGAAUAAAGAGAAUGACACACUUCGAGAUGUAAAACAUCCAUGGGGAAAGAUUUUAACUUCAUGGGCGGUGUGGGCCAUUAUUAUAGCACAUUUCGCAGAAAACUGGGGCUUCUAUACACUUCUCACACAGUUGCCAACAUUUAUGAAAACCGUCUUGAACUUUGAUCUGUCUUCUGGAGGAUUUUUAUCAUCUUUACCCUACCUCUGCAUGUCAAUAUGUACAGCCAUGUCAGGAGUUUUGGCCGAUACGUGUUUAGAAAAGAAAUAUCUAACAAUUACACAAGUUAGAAAAAUAUUUAAUUGCUCGGCAUUCUUAGGGCAGACCAUAUUCAUGUUGGCUGCAGGAUUUCUCUUGUCACCUGUAGGUUCAACCAUCUUUUUAACAUUGGCCGUUGGAUUUGGCGGAUUCGCCUGGUCCGGUUUUGGGGUUAAUUAUUUGGACAUAGGACCAUCACACGCUAGCGUUAUUGUUGGAAUAAGUAACACUUUUUCAACAUUACCCGGUAUAAUAAGUCCUACACUGACAGGAUUUAUUGUGAAGCAUAACACUGUUGCUGAAUGGAGAAAUGUAUUUUACAUUUCUGCUGGAGUUUAUCUAUUUGGAUGUGUAACUUAUGGAUUUCUAGCGUCAGGAAAUUUACAGAAAUGGUCCUGGGAUUACAAAACGCAACAAAAGAGGCCCACUGGAAUCGAAAAUAAAAGUUAUUCCCCCGAUAAUUUCAAAUGCGAUCAAAAAAGCUGAAUUGUUGUUGAUUACGUCAUCUACCUAUUAAGGUAUUAUAUUAUUUACAUAAGUUAAAUAUGAAAGUGGCGUAGAGAAAAGGCGGGGUUGCGGUUGGUGUGGUGUGGGUGUGGGUGUGGGGGUGAACCUGACAUAUAGAAUUAUUAUUAGAACCUUCACUUCUGCAAUUUCACCCCCUUGGCCACAUCUAAAAGCAAUUUUUGGUCUUCUACGCAAUAUUACCAUUUGCCAUUUACCCGAUUAUCAAUUUUCAUGCCUUACUUUGCAAGAUCACCCCAUCCCUUCCCACAUGAUUUUUUAAACAUCCGAACGAAAGUCUAUACAUCUAGACAUUUACCGUGUCCUCAAUGCAAUAAUAUCGCGAUCACUAUCAUCGGUUUUAAUUAUCGAUUUCCUUGAAAAAAAUUCAUAAUUAUUUAAUAUAAAUUAGUAUUAAUACAAAUAAGUGUUAG